AUGGGUAGGCCGGGGCGCCUCGUUACCAUUUGCAGCGAUUGUUGCGUCGGUUGGGCGAUGCAGCGCCCAAAGAGUGACUACUGUCCAGCGCUGGGCCGCACCCUAUUACUGGGUGCAGGCGUGAGAUGGGAUUUGAGGGAUGUGGGGCGGCGUCAUGUUAGUGAGCCAUCCGUCCGGUGCAGUUCGAGUACGGUCCAGCUCAGUCGAGUGCCUAUUCCCAGCACGGGCUUGUCCGGUGCGACAUGGACAACCAACCGUGGGAACAUUAGGUUACAUUUGGCUGUUACUGCCACCACCAAAGGGCAUAGAGUAGGCACUCUGGAUAUUUGUGUCCGUACCGUAUAUCCAGCAGACGCAUCCAUGAUCUUCAGGCAAUGUGCGCCCGCAAAGUCGAUCUUGACAGCGGCUGCAGGUGGAGGACAGCAACAGCAACAGGACGGAGCAUCGACUCGACACGAGGGUGGCUCGGAGGGUGGGUGGUAG